AUGAAUAAUUCAAGUACUUCUGUAUUAAACCCAUUAUCUCAAGUUCGGCCCUUGGUUUUGGUUCCCUUUUGUAGAAUUAAGUUUGGGUUUAUCCCCAAUUCGAAGUCGGUGGCCUUUACACCAUUGAGAUUUUCGCAGAGUUGCAGCUCCUAUUAUUAUAAUUUCAGAGGGAAGAGAGAUUGCAGAAGCAUUGUUGUGCGGGCGAGUAGGAAGGAAUCGCCUUAUGAAGUUUUAGGGGUGUCGGAAUCUGCCACUCCCGAUGAAAUCAAAAGGGCUUACAGGAAACUGGCUCUCAAGUUCCAUCCUGAUGUUAACAAGGAGGCUAAUGCUCAGGAAAAGUUUAUGAGAAUCAAGCAUGCGUACAAUAUUUUGUUGAACCAAUCUGAGAGACGGUCCGAAUCUUCUUCUUACUCAACAUCUGAGAGAAACCGGAGUAGGACUUCUCAGGAUGAUGAAGAGUUCUAUGGAUUUGGGGACUUCCUUAAGGAUCUUCAAGAAGAGUUUCAGAACUGGGAGGCUGGUGUCAAUUCACAAGGAAAGCCAAAGAGCUUGUGGGAGGAACUGGCGGAAAUUGGAGAAGAGUUUGUUGAGUUCCUGGAGAAAGAACUAAACAUACCUGACGUUGGAACAGAGGAAACUAACAAUAAACAGUCUCAGAAAUGGAAUGCGUCCGACGGAUCAAAGACAACGGGAAGUGGAAGUGAAACAAACACAAGGAAAACUGGCAAAGAAGAAGAUAUUGUUGAUGAUAUUGAGGCUACUCUUGCCCAACUGAAGAAGGAACUGGGUCUUUGA